AUGGAUGAUACCACAGAUAAAUAUUGUAAUUACAAAACCACUGAUUGCACAGUUAAUACAAAGGAUUUAUAUAAAGGUCUUAAUCUACCAAAGCGAUUUGAGUGUCCAUAUGCUUUCUCUGGCUAUGGCAUUCAACGUGAUUCCCAAUGUGUUAUGUACCGUACAACGAGUUCUGAUUAUGGAUUUUACACGCCUGCACCUCAUACCGUACCUAGUAGAUAUUUUCCAUUAAAUCAGCAAUUUAGUUCCCAUUUAUCAGCAACGGGAAUGUAUCGAAACUAUUCACUCAAUACGAGCUCUGAAAAGCCUUUCUGCAAUCAAUUCUAAUUAAAUUUUUCCCGUUAUUGAUAUUGAAUAUGCACAGCACUGAUAGUCUAGUAUUAUAUAAAAUACGGAAGUCAAACAAGAUCAUUGUGGAAAUUGAAUUUCAAGCCUUUUCUUCAUUGAACAACGGCAGAUUUAUUUAUGGAAUAAAUAUGAGAACAUCAGCACGAC